AUGUAUGAACUUUGCCAGGAGUGCGCGGUGCAGAGCUUGCUUCAGCUUCAGCAGUCAGAGGCUGCGCUGCAACAGCUUUCCACAGAGAGCGGCCUGCGCCGGCGCUUGGCAGCACUCAGCUCCGACUUACUGGAGGCUGUGCGAAGAUAUCCUAGCGCUGCUCUGAGCAGCAACAAAACCUUGGAGGCCGCUAGAGCCUUGCAGGAAGACCUGGAUGUCCUGCAAGGGUAUGUCGUCCUGGUGGACGUUGCAGCUGUAGAGAAGCUCAGAAGCGGCAUUGCUCAGUGCAACGCAGCUGCAAAAGGUGCGUAUGAGGGGCAAAACGGUGUGAAUAGCUUGGAGUCCGCAAUGCGAAACGCUGAAGAACGGCAUGACGCCUGCAGGAGUGAUCAGGUGCGCGUGCAGACACAGACUCACAAGUCUUAUUACAAGUAUUAUUACAGGUCGUAUCGAUACCAUUGGCAUGUGUGGCGCUCACGUCGACGACCCAGGAGACGUUGGGGAGUAUGGCGAAGAUGGGCCAGAUGGAGACGGGGCUACAAGAGCCAGGCUAGCUUAUUGGCUUUCGCGCCUGCUGCUUCUGAUGCAAACGCCAGCUGCGACGACAUUCAGCACGAACUGGAACUAUCCUUUUGCGACUUCCGCCAAAGCUUGACCCGUGCAUGCUUGGAACUCGACAUCUGCCGCUCACAACUGACAAGCAGGAUGACAGAGGUUGGUGUUUCGCAGGAGCUGCUGAAGAGGGCGGAAGUUUGGCGCAAACAAGCCUUCACCGCAGAGACCCGGGCGCAGUGCUUUCUAGACUCGUUGUCCUCGGCAACUGGCGAAGCGGUUAAUUGUGGCAACCUUGCGGUCGAUACUUCUCAUUUGGACCUGCCAUUCCCAGGCCUAAUGGCCUGCAACAAGUCAGCCGUGGAAGCCUACCCCUGCGGGCCUGCUUGGGUACGACAAUACUAUGGGAAGAAGCCAUGGAAAGGAUCCGCAGUGUUGGCUACCUGUACGCCUUGCCAAGUUAAGCUACCUGACGCCCUUUCCGAGUCCCCUGCACCACAAGGGUAA